UAGUUUUGAAACAUGAAACCAUCAAAUUUUGAUUAUCAAGUCAUUUUAUAUCUUCCAAUGAAACUACAAGAAAAUAUCAGAACUGGAUCUACAACCUGCUAAAAAUAUGUGUACCUUCCAUGGUGGAACUAGAUGGAAAACUGUAAAGCAGACAGUUUUGUUGCAAUUUUGUCACAAAAAAAUCAUUGUGCGGGUUGUAAAUCCGGUCUGAAAUAAUGUGGUUGAAGAGGGUUGACGGAUUUUACAGUUAUGAAUUUGAGGAACAACAUGCACAAUCUGAUGACUAUCCAUAGAACGAAGAGAACUAAUUGUUCUCACUUUAACCUUUCGCAUCAAAAUGAUGAAGUUAUUGUUUCUUCGGCAAGCCUCACCAAGAGUGCCAGCUGGCACUUUGGAUUCCUAUCGAGUCGGGAAGAAAAUCGGUAAUGGAAACUUUGGAGAGUUGAGAUUGGGCAAAAAUCUCUACAACAACGAACAUGUGGGCAUUAAACUGGAACCGUUGAAGAGCAAAGCUCCACAGCUCCAUUUAGAGUAUCGUUUUUAUAAAAUGCUCGGCCAAGCUGAAGGUGUACCAAAAGUCUAUCACUUAGGAACUUGUGGAGGAAGAUACAAUGCCAUGGUAAUGGAACUGCUUGGUCCCAGUUUGGAAGACUUGUUCACCUUGUGUAGCAGAAAAUUUCGACUCAAAACCGUACUAAUGAUUGCCGAUCAGCUUAUCAGUCGAAUUGAGUAUGUCCAUUCCAAAAGACUGAUCUACCGGGAUAUCAAGCCGGAAAACUUCCUAAUCGGAAGGUCAAAGUCAAAGAAAGAGAAAAUCAUUCAUAUAAUCGAUUUCGGAUUGGCAAAGGAGUACAUCGACCCUGAAACUGGAAAACAUAUUCCAUAUAAGGAACAUAAGUCCCUAACGGGAACCGCCAGAUACAUGAGCAUUAACACUCAUCUUGGAAGAGAACAGUCGAGGCGGGAUGACUUGGAAGCAAUGGGACACAUGUUUUUGUACUUCUUGAGGGGUUCUCUGCCCUGGCAAGGCUUAAAGGCUGACACUCUAAAGGAGAGGUAUCAAAAAAUUGGGGAUACCAAAAGAAACACCUCUAUUGAAUCUCUUUGCGAAGGUCAACCAGACGAAGUAGCUACGUAUAUGAAAUAUGUGAGAAAUUUGGACUUUUUCGAAACACCAGACUACGAUUUUCUAAGGAAAAUGUUCAGAGAAUUGUACAUGAAAAAGGGCUAUCCAGACGAUGGAGUUUUUGAAUGGACAGAUAGAGUAUCUUGGCUUAAUACCGAAGAGAGGAAGGAGGUACAUAAAACAAAGACUUAGUUGUGCUAAAUCAUCUGGUGGUGUGUGUGCAUUGUUUUAUUUUAUAUUUUUAUUAGCGUAAAAUUUAAAUAUAUUUUAAAAUCUG